AUGCAACGCAGUCCUCCUCUCCUCACCCCGUUACAUAUGCAGCUUCUCGUAAUAUCCGUCCCCAAUCAGCAAAACAACGUCUUCAUGGCUAGCAUCGUCCUCGUCACGAAUGUGUGUGUUAACCCACCCGCCUUUGUGCAGUGCGAACUCUUGAACGGUGAUGUAGCCGAAGCCCUGAAGAUACCUAAAGAUGCCAGAAGCGAUUCGCUCACAACAGCAAAACUUUUCGAGUAG